GCCAAUUGACAGCUCACUGCCGCCAUGCCUCCGACAAGCUUAAGCAGACUUCUCACGCGCCACUCGUAUGUCUGUCAGAGAUGCGCGAGAUCCUUCCACAAGUCCGCAUCACAAUCCCGUCAACAGAGCGCGCUUAGCCUACUCGAGGAACGAGGUCUCGUCAACCAGAUCGCAGGUGACCGCGAUGCUCUCAACAAGCUCCUCGAAUCCCGCAAAGUAGGUUUCUAUGCCGGCAUAGAUCCCACCGCUCCUUCUCUUCACCUCGGCCACCUUCUCCCUUUUAUGCCACUUUUCUGGCUGUACUACCACGGUCAUCACGUUGUCAGCUUGGUAGGCGGCGCGACCGCCAAAGUGGGAGAUCCCUCCGGCAGAUUGACGAGCAGAGCGAAAGCCAACGAGGAUGCGAUUCAGAAGAACUUCGAAAGCAUGUUUGGGCAAGUACAAGGAUUGUGGGGGAAUGUGCUCAAAUAUGGAGAGCGACAUGGGUUGCACCAGAAGGAGCUUGGGAAGAAAGAGGUGUUGAACAAUGCUGAAUGGCUCGAUGGGUUGAAUGUGCUCAAGUUUCUGCGGAUGAUGGGUAAUGGAGCACGAUUGGGCGCUAUGUUGAGCAGAGACACUGUCAAGAACAAGAUGGAGAAGGGAGACGGCAUGAGCUUUGCUGAGUUCACGUAUCCGUUGCUGCAAGCGUGGGAUUGGUGGCAGAUGUAUGAAGAAAGAGGCGUUCAGAUUCAGAUUGGAGGUGGGGAUCAGUACGGCAAUAUCAUUGCGGGUGUCGAUGCGGUCAAGUAUAUCGCGUCAUCGCACGCGCAAGAUGGUGCUACUACGACUUGCCUGGACACGGAAGGCCGAUUGAAGGAUGAGCAUUUACCAAUGGGAGUAACAGUACCACUCCUGACUACAAGCAGCGGCGAGAAAUUCGGGAAGAGUGCGGGCAACGCGGUCUGGCUGGAUCCCUCGAUGACGAAGCCAUUCGACCUGUACGGCUUCUUGUUGCGAUCAGCAGAUGACGAUGUGGAGCGAUAUCUGAAGCUGUUCACGUUCGUACCUGUACAACAGAUAGCAGAGGUCAUGACCGAGCAACGAAAGGAUCCCGGGAAACGAAAGGCACAACACUUACUUGCGAGCGAAGUGCUGGAACUCGUGCAUGGAGCAGAAAUCGCCAAAAUUACUCGGGCAGAACAUGAAGCUUCGAGAAAUCCAACACUCGCAUCUCUGAUGCGAUCGACAGAUGCUGAUCAACCUUCGGCACAAGACACAGCUUCUAGAAUAAAGUUACCCAAGUCGCUGGUACACGAGACGCCUUUCUCACGAAUUUUGUAUCACGCCGGACUUGUUGGGACAAAGUCGGAGGGGGCUCGAACAAUCAGUAAAGGCGGCGUAUAUGUUGCGAAGGCAGCAUCACAGUCGACACUCGCAGAAGGGGGCCAAUUGCAGUUCGUGCCUCUGCAGAAGGAACAACAUGUAAACGAUGUUAUCACCAACGGGCUCCUUGUUCUACGACUUGGAAAGUGGAAAGUUCGCGUCAUCGAAAUUGUCGACGACGCUGACUUUGAAGGUGAUGCACCAGGCUGGGAAGAGUGGAAGACUGCGAGAUAUGUCAAGCAGUAGAAGCAUCGCCAUUAUCUCCACGAUCGUGAAAUUGCGGACCAA